AUGGCAACGCCACCACGCUUCGAUGCCUGCCAUCGCUUCUUCGCAAUCAACGAGCUGGUCACCAUCUUCCUGGAGAACGCAAGCCCUCGCGUGCUCUUGAAUGGUCAACGAGUGUGCAAAGUGUGGAAUAUCAUCAUUUGCGAUUCAGAAACUCUUCAGCAGAACUUGUUCUCAACACCAGACACGCACCUGGACGAAUCAGAGCUCAACCCGUUCAUUGAAGAAUGCUUUGGAUCUAUAUUGUCUGUCAAUACUGCUACCCCUGACCGUAUGAGUAGCUCUUCAGACCUGCAGCGAACUCCAUGGGCUAGCGGCGGUACAGAUCUCCAAAUCCCAACACGACAAGCUUUCGCCCGGAAGGAUGCAUUGUGGAGACGUAUGCUGGUCUGCCAACCACCCAUCAAUAGGCUGGGCUGGUGGCAUCAGUGGAAGACUUCACCCGUCCCGAGCGAGGAGAAUGAGGAUACUUAUGCUGAUCCUUUCAACGUUUCGAAAGGUUGGGGCCACCAAGACUUGAGCAACAAGCCAGUGACCUUGGCCAUGGUUUGGGACAUGGUGGAGGCGCGUCUAUUUCGUGGUUGUCGUGCAAAAGUGCUAUACUACCCUCACGACUCUAAACACAUUGAGGAUCGAGCUAUCCUGGCCAUUGAACAAGCCGCUCAGAUGGCGGAUCGCGAUCAGGCCAAUCUUUCCGAAGUACCUCGUGUCAUGAUUCAUACAGCACAGGUUUGGUCCCGGCGACCUACAGGCCAUGAACGAUUCAGCGAAACAAAGCGGGACUGGACCAUACCUGAAGUAGUCCAGCUGCGCAAGAUCCACCCGUUGGCUGGCGACGGAUUCAACAUUCUGAGAGCUGAUUGUCUGCGUAACGAUACCACGCCGAGACCUUGCAUACCAGGCACUUCGAGUCAAGCCACACGAUGGUCGCAAAGUGAGGAUGCAAACUCCUGGAACGAUACUGAUGGCAAGAUCUACUAUGGUAUCGGCGCAAGGCAAGCUGGAAGGGCGACCGUCUUCGUCGCGCGGCCUACCGCUAGAGGCGGUGCACAUCCCACGGUAUUCGCAGCUGUGACAUGA